UCCCUUUAAAUUUGUUUAUAUUUAUAUAAAAUUACAUAAACAUGGCUCAACCGUCAGUCGCCUGCUUUUUUAGUACAAGAAAGCGAUCAGCAGUCGAAGAAAACAAAAUAAAUCGUGCUAGGAAAGUGUUGUUGCUUGAUUCAGGCAGUUUAGUUUCUUCAGAACAAAAUGGGUUAGAAUCAGACAGGAAAGUAAUUUCACAAGAUAAAAUUAACGAAGAUGUGCUAUCAAGUGAAUACAAUGUUAAAUUACAAAACAAGGAAGAAACAUAUUUAUUAGCUAAUAAGAUUGUUAAUGUUAAUUCAAGUGCAAAAAUUGUAACUAAAAAAAUUAUCCGGGCCAGAAUUAAGAAGACUAAAGAAGUAUCUAAUAACCAAGAUAUUCAACUUCUGCUUACUAAUAUGAGUAAAAAGGAAGCAAUUGUUACAACUCCUCCACAAACUACAGUGGACAGUAUUAAACAUGUUAAUGAGAGCGAUAAACAUGUUACUCCUCCAAGUACACCGAAAAAGGCGAUCAAUGCUAUGGAUAAAGUUAAGGAAAAACCGGAUGGCCCUUCUCUCAAAGAAAUCAGAAGGAAGAUGACAAGGAGCGCCCGGUUGGCAGAAUUGAGGGCAUCCAUGAAUAGGUUUCAGGAAGGUGCAAAUAAAUUGAAGGUGCUGGAAAAGAAAACAUCCUUGAUUCCUGAGUCACCUAAAUUAAAUAAUUUCAAGACGAUUGAAUUAGAGGUACAUACUAGCCCGCAGAAAGUAUUCUCGCCAGAGAAAGCCUACCUAAGUCCUAAGAAAGAGCCGACGGCAAGGCGUAACCUCAUCCAUUUACUAAGUCCGACUAAAAAUGCUGUACCAGCUUUGCCAGCUAGUCCUUCUAAGCAGAUAUUCGACGAGACCUCCAAACCGGCUCUAAAAUUACCUUAUAAAUACAGAUACUUAGCCGAAAUGUUCCGUUGCAUCGACACGGUUUCCCAAAUACUAUACAACCGAAAGGAGACCAUAACGUUCAGGAAACUUAAACCCGCAGUGGAAGAAAUGUUAAAGCGGAACCUGUUGGAGAAGCACGUCUCUCAAAUAAAACACAUUUAUUCCGACGCGUUCGAUUUUAAACAGGAAAAACUGAGGGUGUUCGGUGCCGGCAUGAAACACGAACAGUGGGAGCUGGUCGUAUCGCCGAACAUCGGUGAUGCGGAACACAUGAAUUCUGACGUCCUCCUAGAAAGGAGGCGUAAACUGUUCAAUAUACUUCUCGACAAAGUAAAGGACUACCAUAGCGAGUUCCUGGCAUCCCUGGAUCCGCCGAUGGUCUUGGAUAAAAGUAAGAUCACCCGUUGGCAUCCGGAGUUCGACAUCGAAAGGGUGCCCGACGUUGAGCUCGCUCCGUUACCUCAACCGCCCGCGGAAGACAAAUUGACGACUGGCAAGGAAGUGCUGGAGAAGGCUAGGGAGUUGUUCAACUGCAACGCAAGGAUGGAGCAAGCUCUCCAAAAAUUGAAGGAGGCCAAGGAAGUGGGUGGUUCCGUUACCAAGGAAGAAAAACCGAAGGAUGUGCCAGCUUCAGUGUUAAAAGGCAUUCCAAAGGCCUUGCUGGAAAGGGUAAGGCAGAAGCAGGCGGCCAAAGCCCUCAUAUCGAUGACGCGGUCGGCAGACAAAGAAAAAGAGGUGCUUAUGUACUCGCGGCUGCCUGAGCUCGCCCGCCUCACCAGGAACCUCUUCGUGUCGGAGAAAAAGGGCGUACUUCCCUUAGAGACAGUCGUGGAAAAGUUGGGCAACUGCUACCGCGCCCACCUCACCAAGACUGACAUGGAAGACCACCUGAAGCUGAUCGCGAAGGAGGCGCCCCAGUGGCUGGUGUUUCACGAUAUACGCAACUGCGUUUACUUGAAGCUGGCGAAGAACGCCGAUUUGAGUGUGGUCGUUCAUAAAUUGGAGAAUUUGGCUAAGCAGAAAAGUGAAUCGUAGUGAAGGUUUUCCGUGAUCUUUUCCAAAAAUAUGUGCAGUUUUUAUUUUUUUCACAAGUAUUUUUCUACGUUUUUCGGAAAUGUACCGAACGAUUUCACGU